AUGAAGCUCUCGAACGAGACGGUGACCAUCGAGCUCAAGAACGGGACGGUCGUGCAUGGCACGGUCACAGGCGUCGACAUUAGCAUGAACACGCACCUGAAGGCCGUCAAGAUGACGGUCAAGGGCAAGAACCCGACGUCGCUCGACUCGCUGAGCAUCCGUGGCAACAACAUCCGCUGCUACAUUUUGCCCGACUCGCUCAACCUCGACACACUCCUCAUUGACGACACGCCCAAGCAAAAGGUCAAGGCCACGGGGGCCGGCGCAAUGGCCGCCAAGGGCCGCGGCCGAGGCCGUGGGCGCGGUCGUGGGCGCGGCCGCCCGUAA